AUUCCUUCCGUCGCCGUCGACCUGCUCGAACGUCGCGACGCCAAUAGCGCCAAAGUCUGCAACGCCGCGCCGGCAGCAUCCUCUGCGUGUUCCGGCACGAGACCACCCGACGCCGCUGCCCUACAUCCCCGUCAGCUGAGUUAGGGGUGUCCCGGUGGUGGGGGAUAGAGCUACUGCAUAGCGCAACGCGCCUCGGCAAUACCAAGUUGACGGACCUCCGAAGAGGCCGUUUCGAGCACACUCACACACAAAACGCGAUAUCUGGAAACCGGGUUUUCAGGCGAUCCUCAGUCUACCGUUCCCUCCUGGAAAAGAAGACUCGCUUGGGACGGUACUGACUGACCACCGAGGGGCUGUGAAGUAGACAGGGUGUUUGGAUGGAGGCUGUGAACGGUGUGGCCGACGGGCCACCGCCACCCAGUCCUCUGACAGGGUGCUAUUUGCUGAUCGUGCUAGGGGAACCGCACACUGGAUCCCACAAAGACAUCAUAUUGCAGAGGCUGGCUAAAGGUCUCUUAUCAUGGAACGUGAACGACUGCCUUGUUGAUUUAGAAAAAGAAUUGAACAUAGUUACAGAACAAGGAUUGGAGGGAGAAGAAGCUCGAUAUGGUGAAAGACUGAUACAGUUUGCUUCCGAAAAUCUAGUCACAGAAAUUUUAAUCCAUCCAUCAGUUAGCACGCUUGCUCAGUGCAUACGCAAUCUUUUGAGCAGCUUUACUAGACAUCGCCACAUCAUUCAUGCAGGGUAUACAUUUGCUGCCAACGGUUCCUGGAUUUUACAAGAUGGAACGUUUUCCUUGGCAGAUUUCUCCGAAGCAUUUCAAGAAAUUGACGUGCAACGUGUGAUCAGAGCUUACGAGAAUGGCAUUUCCUUCGACAUCCACUGUUCCCCUGAGGGAGAAUGGAUGAAACUUCCCAAAGAUUCCUUCACACGAGGCUGUAAGUUGAGGGUGAAUCCAGACGACGUUUUGAAUUCUGGAUCACCGGCAAUAGCCAACUUCGUUAACUACAUCUCGCCUUUCCUGAUACCUGCAGAAUUAGAGAACAUUUUAGAGAGCUCUGACGUUGUGGGAAAUAUCAGAUUUUCAAGGCCCACGCUGUAUGUGUUCCCAGGAGGUCAAGGAGAUGCAGCCCUCUUUGGCAUCAAUGGAUUUAACAUGCUUGUCGAUGGCGGUUUUAGCAGAAAAGCUUGCUUUUGGGAUUUUGUUCGACACUUGGACAGAUUGGAUGCAGUUAUGCUCACUAGACUGAACAAUAGCAACACCAAUGGCAUUGGAGCAGUGCUAAGAAGAAAAGCUCAAAACGCUGUUUAUCCACAAAUUGGACAUUUUUUCUGCAAUAUCCAGAACCGAAAAUCGAAUCUCAGUCCUGAUGGUGACAAAGACAAGGAUCCUCUAGUUGUUAACCUUCUGGAAGAGGGUCAAGAAUUGAUCUCAAACCUCCGUAGCCUAGAACUGAAUCCUCAGGUGUGUUAUCGCGACUCCGAGCCUAUAAAUCUAUAUCAUAAAGUAGGGCACGGUACUUUAGACAUGUACGUAAUCAAUCCUGCCAAAGACUCCAGAGAAGUCAAGGAAUUUUUACUCAGAUGGAAUAGUAAUGACCAGAAACUCUUUGCCAAUCAUAAAUUCAGUAGGGAAUGUAUGUUACCUUUGCAGAAUAUAGUAUCAAUUUGUGCCCUCUUGGUAUGGAGACCUGCCAAUCCUAACGACACCAUCACCAGAAUCCUAUUUCCUGGUAGUGCACCUCAAAACAAAAUUUUCGAAGGUUUGGAUAGACUUAAAAACCUUGAAUGUAUCAAACACACAGUUUGUACUGAAAGAACUUUGGCUCCUCCUCCUAAACUCAAGUCCAAAGAGAAUAUCCUAGACAAGAUAGUCCCACCAGAAAAGCCAAAAAUUGAAAUUAAAAAAAGUAAACCUAAGCAGAUUCCAGAAAAUAAAUUAAUAGAAGAUAGUUUAAAGAACGGUCUGCAGAAUGGGCAUGCAGAAAAAGUAGUAAGGAAAUCAGGUUCUGUUGAAAGUGAUAAAAGUGAAUCGAAACCGCCAAAACCCAAGAAAGAAGAGAACAAAAUUUCAGAGAGUAAUAAACAAGAAAAAAUCCCAAAGUCUAAACCAGAUGUUAAUGGUUCUAGAGUGCGACCGAAACCAUCUGAAAAGAAAAUGUCACCUCCUACGCCUAAAAAGACAAUUGAUUCAAGAAAAUCUGAACUAGAUAAAGAAACGACCAACCAAAGAGUAAGAAGCAAAAUAUCACCGAGUGCAACACCAGCAAAAAGUACAAAAGAUGCUACUAACAGGAGAGUUUUAGAGUCGAAGACUCGAACAGCUCCAAAGAAAGAAGUGAAAGAAUCUAAACAACCAGACAAAAAAGACGAAGUUAAGAAAGUUGAAAGAAAACCUAUUUCAAGACGACCAAAAGCUGACAUGAAGAUGCCACAAAGUCCAGUCAAAAGAGCAAUCAAUGGAUCACACAAACCUGAUUCCAUAUCCAGAAAAGGUAAACUGGAUAGGGAUGUAACAACAGAUUCCAGCACUGUUAGCACACCAUCUGUUGAUCAGGAUCCUUUAAAGAAAGAUUUAUCAAAAUUGACUCCCGAAGAACUUCAACAACUCAAAGCACAAGAGUUGGCUGAACUUAAAGAAGAACAAGAAGCUAUCAAAGAACUAGAGGCUGUCUUCAGAAAAGGUGACAAAGUAACUGGAGAAUCAUCAGAUCUCCGUAAAGUGAAAGAUAUUUCCAUCGAAGAUAAGACAGACACUGAAGAAUACCUCAUCGUGGAAAAAGAAAUCAUAGAACCGACUGAAUCAAAAGAAAGUGAAGCUGAUGGAAAAGAAGAGGAAACUGUCAAAUUAGCAAGAGAUAGUGAAGAAAGUGAAAAGAAAAAAGAUGAUUCUGAAAUAAAAAAUGACCUUGAUAGACAUGUUGAUACAGAACAAGAAGAAAGUGGGAUAGGAGAACAAGAAACUGAUCUUGAAGAAGGAGAGGAUAUUCAGGAAAAUGAAAUUUCGAAGGAACCGUCUGUACAAAGUCCAGAGGAAAAUAAGAAAAUAACUUCUAAAGACGAUGAAAUUAAAGAACAGGCUCUGGAAUCUCAACCAGAUGAAAAAAUAUCAGCUAAUAUUGAAUCAGGAGCAACGACAACAGCUCCAACUCUACCAGAAGAUGAGAGAAUACCACUCAAUGAAAUCAAAGAGGAUACAGUCGAUCAAAUUGAAGAGAAACACGUGAAAGAAGAAACUAAAGAAAAAGAAACGAAAGAGGAAGUUCCUGUCAUAACUUUCACAACUAAAACUGCGGAAAGUCUCGCCAAAAUCCCUUCUGUUGUAGGUAUACGCUUAGAUAAAGAAACGAGAAUCAGAGAUAUCGUAAAAACGCCAGAUGAAGUAGCUGAUUUACCAGUUCAUGAAGAAGUAGAUGUUGAACAUUUGACUGAAUAUUCGCACGAAAGGAUGAAAUUGAAAGAUGAACACUAUGGUGAUUCGCCAAUCAGAGAUGAAGAUCUAACUAGUCCAAGAAAAUCAGAAGAUGAUAAAGAAGAAAAAGAACAUGUUGCAGCUAAAGAGGCUGAAAAUAUAAUUCAAGAAAAAGAUGCAGAUGUUGUGAAAGUUGAACAUAAACAAGAUAUCAAAAUAGCAGAAGAAAAAGAUGUAUCGGGUAUCAAAGAAGAAGGAGCUGUCGAGAAAAGUCCACUACAUGAAGAAAUAGAUGUACACAUUGAAACAGCAGAAAGUAAACCUCACAACGAAAUGAAAGUAGAUAGUAAAGAGAUUGAAUCUGAGACAUUCAUGCCUGAAAAAGAGAUGCCAGCUGAAGCAAUCAUUGAUGAGGAAAAAAUCGAUGAAGAUGACGAAAAAGAUUCUAAUCAGCAUAUCAAAGAAUUAACCAAGCCAACAGAAGAAAUGUGCAAAGAGACGGUUGAUAAAUCGCUGCCAAGAAAAGAAUCAGUUCAAGAAAAAGUAUUCCUUGGGGAAAGUGAAAAGGAAGAAACAAAAAAAGAACAACACAUUUGUGAUGAUGACAUUUCCAAAAAGAAGGAUGCAGAAAAAUUAACAGAAGAUAAAGUAAAAGAAGAAAUAAAAGAAGUUGAUGACGAACAAAAAAAAUCUCCACUACAUGAAACUGAUUUGAAUAGUGGAAAAGAAUCAGAGAAAGACAAAUCUCCAUCUAUCGAACCACAGCCUCAACAAACUGAGGUAAUUGGCACAAAACCACUAGACAAAAUCGGGGAAGUGAAAACUGAAAAACCAAAUGAAGAAAAAGACAUAAAACUCAAUGCUUCUCAAACAUUUUCUUCUGAACAAGACAGUAAUGAAGUCAAAGAAGACAAACAAUCAGAGUCAAUUGUGAUAGGUGAUACAUUGGAUGUUACUAAAAAAGAAAAAUCUAGGAGUCCAUCUCCAAGUGAGGUAGAAGAUCAACUAAUUGACAAAAAACUUCCAGAAGAAGAAAUGAGCUCGAAUAAACAGACAGAACAAGAAGCAAAAUCUCUUGAAGAACAAAAGGAACAGGUUCCAGUAGAACCUAGUUCGACAUCUAAAAUUGAAGAGAAAAAAAUUGACAUUUCAAAAGAGGGAGAAAAAUCGCUCAAACUGAGCCCAGAAGAGCAAAAUAAAGUGGACGACAUCAAAGAAAAUUUGGUAGAAAAAACUGAUGAAAUUCAUGAUACCAAAUCUCCGAAAUCAAGCUCGAAGGUAGAAGAAGAAAUCAAACAAACAACAGAAACCGAGGAAAGUAAGAAACAUCCAAUAGUUGAACCUGUUAUUUCAAUGGAAGACGAAGCAGAAGCACUUGAGGCCCAAGAAAGACUUCCUGAAUCAAGUCCAAAAGCAUCAGAAAUCGAAGAAACUGACAAAAUCAUAGGAAUAAAUCAACAACCCUCUGAAAGUCUGACUCUUAAACAACAGAAAGAGGACGAAAUUAAAGUUGAAAAGUUGGUUUCAGAGCCAGAAGUUAAACAUACGACAAAAGAAGAAAGUGAUAAGCAGAAAGCCCUCAAUGAGGAAACCAUAAGACUUCAAGAUGAUUUGAAAAUUGAAGAAAAUGGUGUUGAAGGAGACUCUGAGAAAUCAAUCGAUGAUAAUGAAAUAUGUGAAAAACACAAAAUAAGUAUAUCCAAAGAAGAUAAAGAGGUCACAUCACAUGAUGUUGAGAGUAAAGUACAAGAAGAACCAGUUAAAGUGAAAUCUCCAACAAGUUCUAGAAAAACAUCUUCUGAUGGGAAGCCAGGUCCAAUUGAAGCUGAAGAAUUGAAAGAUAUUAAAGAAUCUCAAAUUAAAACUGAAUUUAAAAAAUCACGAAGCCCUUCUCCAAGUGAAAUAAAAGAGAUCAAGACGCCUGAGAGAAAAUCUAGCUCAGUAGAAGAAAAAAGUAUUCCUGAAUCUAUUUCUAAAGUAACUGUCGGAAUUUUAGAAGAAGGUAUUCAAUCAACAAAUAUGAAAGAAGAUGAGCACAAAAAGGAAGAUGUUGUAAUUGAAAAAGAAAGCAUUCUUGAGGAUAUACAAUCAGAAGUUGAAACAUGUGAUCUGACAACAAAUGAAACAGAUAAGACAUCACAAAAAGAUGAAAAAAAAGUAGAAAAAGCGAUUUCUGAUUUGAAUUCAAAAUUGAUAUCUGAUGAUGACAGUCAAACCAUUAAAAAAGAAGAAAUGAAACCUUCUACGAAAGAUAAUGAGUUCGAAAAAUCAGAAAAAAAUAUUAUUGAAGAAGAAAAUACGAUUAAGGAAAGGGAUCAGUUGGCCAAAACACCAGAAAAGAUAGCUAGUGAUAUAUCUAAGAAAGAAGAAGACAUUGAACUUUUAAAACGUGAAGGAACUGAAGAACAUAAUAUUUCCAUUGAAAAAAGAGAAAGUGUAUCAGGUCCAACAGGGCAAUCGAUCGAUACAAUAUCAAAAGUUUACGAAGAAAAGCCAGAUACAAAAAAAGUAAUAGAUGAUGUUGAGUUGGUUUGUGGAACGAAACCCAGUGCAAUUGACUCUACUGAACAAAAAACUAGUGGAGAAGAAAUAGCAGUUCCAUUGACAAUUGGCAGUGAAAUAAAAAGUGAUGAAAAAAUUAUUGGUGAAAAAACUUCUAUCAGUCUUCCAAGUACAGAGCACCUUCAAUCUGCAAAAACAUCAGUAGUUUCAAGUAGUUUCAUUCUUUCGGAUGAAGAUCAAAAAGCGAUAGCAGACAAAGCUGAUGUGACACUGUCUGCUACACAUAUAAAGGUUUCUGAAACAAAACAAGUUUCUCCUUCUCAAGAAGAGAAACAUCCUGUAGAAGAAAACUUCGUAAAAUCCCCAGAACGUAAAUCCAGCUUCAAAAAUGAACAAUUACCUGAAGUCCUUCCCGUGGAAACAAAGAAAUCAUCUACUGAUGAGAGCAAUCUAGAAUCACCGGAGAGAAAAUUAAUUACCUCAGAAGAAAUAAAGGAACAAGAACUACUGAGUUCGGAUAUUCUCAAAAAAAUCGAAAUCAAAUCACUAGAACAAAUCGCUACCAAUUCAGAGAAGGAAGAAAUUAAGCCAUCACCGAGUGAAAAGGAAGCAAGUACGGCUCAAGAACCUGAAAAAUUCAAGGAAGAUGCACUUGAUGCAUCAAAAAUAGAAGAAGAAAUUAUGAAACAUGAAAUUGAAAAAAAAUCAUCAAUUCCAAAUGAAAAAAUACUGCCAAGUGAAUGUAGUGAAGUAGUCGAUAAAUCUAAGGAUGUAACUUCGACUGAAAAGAAUGUCGAGCAAGUUUCCACUGGUAAAUUAGAAGAAGAAAGUAGAAGAUCUCAGUCACCAGUUAAAAAAGCUAUCAGUCCUGAAAUUUGUUCAGAAACUAAAUCUGGAAAAGAAACUGAAGGUCAUGAGACAUCACCAAUAGAACAUGAGGAAAGCACUAAUGCAAUACAAGAUGUGAAAGACAAAUCACCCCAAAAUGAAUUGAAAGAUCAAAUACUUUCCGAAGAAAAGAAAUCAUCAAUUGAGAAGAUAGAAAGUACAGAGACCUUCCUAACGAGGAAAUUCAGUGUUAUUCAUUCAGAUAAAGAAACCACUGGAACUCUCAUAGAAACUGAAAAAGAAAAAUCGAGUACUCCCAUUACCACAGAUUUCAAAGAAAGAUCUCCUGACAGCAUUUCUUCAGCAGAGACAUCUACUACAGUCACGACUGAAAAAGAAACACCUCAAACAUCAGCAGAAACUAUAAGAAAGGAGUCUAUUCAUAAGGAUGAAGAAAAACUAAGCACAACUACUACACUUGACAAGAAAGAACUGAGUGUUGAUAGCAUGUCUGCAGUAGAAACAUCCACUUUAGAUACUACUGAUAAAGAAACGGCUCAAGCACCUCCAAAGCCCGCUAGAAAGGAUUCUAUACAAAAAGAGGAAGAUAAAAUCAUUGAUUCCAAAGAAAAAAAGCUUGAUGGCAUUUCUACGGCAGAAGAAACAUCCACCAUACUUCCUUCUGACAAGGAAACAUCUCAAGCACCAACAACAUCUGAAGAAAAAGAUUCAAUUGAUGAAAUUAAAGACGAACCAAACAUUCCAGACUCCAAAAAGAAAUCUGUUGAUGGCAUAUCUCCAAUAGGAACAUGCCCUUCAUUGAGUACUGAUAAUAAAGAAAUUUCUUCAGUAGAUACCCCAGUUACAACUGAUAAGAUAGAGCCUCUAGAAUCAACAAAGUCUGAACAAAAAGAUUCAAUUCAUGAAGAUAAACUUGAUCUGAGCGCUCCCAUUUCUCCAGUGAACAAAUCCACCGAGAUAAUUCCUGAAAAGGAAGCACUUCCAGAAUCGAAAGAAUCAGAAAGGGUAGAUUCAAUUCCUGAAAAGAAAGACGAACUAAGCACUGCCAUCACUUUCGACUCAAAAGAAAAAUAUGCUGAUAGUACAUCACCAGUAGAAACAUCUUCCAAAGUCAUAACUGAUGAGAAAAUACUUCAAGAAUCAGCUAGCAUCACCAUUGAUACGAAAGAAAAAGCUGCCGAUGUUGUUUCUGCUCUAGAAACAUCCACCAUGGUUACUACUCAUGAAAAAAUACUAACAAAACCAGAACAAAAAGAUUCAAUUCAUGAAGAGAAAGUUGAUCUAAAUGCUACCAUCACCAAUAAUUUCGAAGACAAAUCUGCUAAUGAUGAUUCUCCACAAAACAAAAAUACCGCUACGGAUACUGAUAACAAAGGGAAAGAAAUUUCUACUGACGCUAUUUCUCCAGCAAAAACAUCUACAAACGUUGAUAUUAACCAGGAAAAACCACAAAAAUUCGCUGAAGAUGGAAAGGCAGAUUCUAAAAAAGAACACAUAUCUGAACUAUUAGAAACAAGUGAAGAAACGUGUAUAAAGAAGGAUAUAAUUUCAGUAAAAUCUAGUAAUGUUUCAAUUCCAGAUCUAACUCCAUGUGGUACAGGUGAUGAAACAGUAGAUAUAAAUGAAAGUAUAACUGAUGAAUUGCCUGAGAAGAAGGAAAAAGAAUUGCUGAAAGAAAAACCACAAGGACAUGACAUAGUGAGUCCAUCUGUAGAAGAACAAGAAAAAUCAACUGAAAAAAUAUCGAGAACAGCAUCACCUGUAGGUUCUGACGUUAAACACGUUCAAGAAUUGAUAACAGAAGUUGAAAGAACACCUAGCCCAUCUUCAACUCAACCUAACAAAGAAGAAUCUUCAAUAAACGAGAAGAUCAACGAUGACAGAAAAUCUCAAAUAGAAGGAUUAUCGAGUGAAGAACAUCAAAAGGCUCCAGAAAAAGAGGCAACGUCUGAACUAAAAUCUACAUCCCCAAUUCAAGACACAAAACAACCGUCGGCAGGGCAGGAAGAAAUGAAAAAAGAAAUCGAAAUACAUGAAGAAAAGACUGAUUACUCCAAAGAUGAAUCACCAACUCAAGAUAAAACUGUAGAAAAACCAAUACCUCAAGAAAAAGUGUAUGCACUUGAAGAACUAGAUAACAAAUAUGCUCCAGUUUUGACCGAACAAACUGAAGCCAAGGAUAUCAAUUUAAACCGUGAAUUCCUGCCAAAGAAAGAAGACAAAAUUGAAAGCGUUCAGGAGAAGAAAUCUGAUGAGAAACAUCUAGAAGAAAUAGAAAAAAUUGAUGUAAUUGAGAAACAGGAUCAUGAAACAGCCGAAACUGAAAAAGGGUCCACAGAUAAAAAACACGAUGAAAAGAAAGAAAUUUGCGACUCUAACGAAAAAGUUUCCUCGGAUGUGUCAAAUGAUGCUAGGGACCAAAAGUCUCCCACAACCGUACCAUUGAGUGAAAUCCACAGCUUCUUAGAACAAGAAAAAAUACAUAGUCACAAAGAAAGAGGUCUAACAGAAGAAAAAUUCAUAGGAGAUGUUGAAGUUGAGUCAAAACAACAGGAUCACAAGCCAGAAAAAAGUAUUGUUGAUUCUGAUGACAAGAAGAUAAAAUCAGAUGAAAAAUCUUUAGACGAAACACAACAUGAAGAAGGCGAAAAACCCCAAGAUAAAGAACAAGAACAAAUCAAACCACUAUUAGAUGCGAAAGAAGAACAGGAGCAGAUACAAGAUAGUAAACAUGAAAUUUCAAAAUCUGAAGAACAUGUAAUGAAAACUGAGAAAAUCAAAAUCGAUCUCACUGAUAAGCCAGAACAUGCUGAAUCUGUUGUUUUGAAGUCUUCCCCAGAAUCUCCAAUCAUCAAUGUUGUACCAUCAUUGCCAGUUCUACCAACUGAUAUAGACAAAGCAGAAUUAGGAAGGAAAUCACCAAAAGAACGCGAACAAGAUGUUGCCAAAAUUGUAGCUAGUGUAGCUACAGUAUUAAAAUCUGAUGCUCCACUGGAGGAAUUCCACAAACAAAUACCACUUUAUACGACUGAACUUAGAGAAACACAUAUAACAACAUGUGAUUCUCCAAUGUCGGAAAAUGAUAUAGAAGAGGAAUUAGAAAAAAUGGAAAGAGCUGAACACAAAGAGUCAAAAAUGUUACAAAAUUUAGAAUCCAGCAUCUUUGUGCACGAUGAUAACACAAAAGAAAGUUCAGAGGAUCCCGAAGAUUCAGGGACUGUCCAUAGAAUGCUAGUAACAGCAUCAAGUGAAGAUGGAGGGGAAGAAACUGAAAUAUGCCCCCCUGGAACUAUAAUCUUCUCAAGAAGUUCAGAAAGUUCAGGAAGAUCUUCCCCAGAAAAUAUGUCCAGAAAACUAUCUCAGUCGUCAUCUAUUCUAGAUACCAUUUCUGAUCAGACGACUGUGAAAGAGUUAACAGAUGGACAAUCCAAGAAAGAAGCUGUUGUUGAAGAAAUAACUAAAUCUUCAAAGGGUGUUCUAGAGGGAUCAGUGAAAUCAGAUACCGUAGCAGCUCAUUCCACUCAAUCAAUCUAUCCAGAUAUAGACUUGACGAAAGAAGUGAAAACGUUAGAAGAUCAAAUAGAACAAGCAGUGAGAAAAGGUGAGAAAGAAGAAAAACUUAGUGAUGAGAAAAAAGGAGACAAACCUAGUGAUGAGAAAAAAGAAGACAAACCUAGUGAUGAGAAUAAAGAAGACAAACCUAGUGAUGAGAAAAAAGAAGAGAAACUCAGCGAUAAGAAAAACGAAGAGAAACAAAGUGAAGUUCAAGAAAUUUUAUCUAAAACCUUGCAAGAUGUAUCUAAAGAUGCAGAAGAUAUAAAGGAAACAAUCACUGACAAAAUUGGAAAUGUUUUCGGUAGUAUUUUUUCAGGAGCAUCAAAAGUAAGUGAAGCUCUAGGCCAAACAAUAACUGAUAGUGUUAAAGCUGUGGAAACUAGUAUCGAUGAUGGGUUAAAGAAAGUAGAGACAGAAAUUGAUGAAGUGAAACAUAAAAUCGAAGAUGUUGAAUCAAAAGUGGUAGGCACAUUAGUUGAGGAGAAACAAAAAGCUGAACAUUUUGUCUCUGAUCAAUUAAAAGAAUCCGUUUCAGCUCUGAGUGAUACCAUAGACAAAACUGAUAAAGCUAAAGACUCUUUUGUGAAACAGACUGAAGAUACUUUGGACAAGAUGGCAGCUCCAUUAAGGGAAACAUUAGGAGAUGCACUCUCAAAUUUAGCCGAAUCGCUCAAGCACACAGAAGAAAAAAUAGAAAAACCAAAACCAGAAGAAAAACAAAGUGACACGAAAAGUUCAAUACAUGUUCAAGAUCCAUCAGAAAAUGAAAUAACAGAAUGUAUUUUGUCAUCAGGAGGUGAAAUAACGAAACAAAUUUAUCCAUCAUUGAAAGACGACUUGGAAAAGGCUGAUAAAGUAGGGAAUAUUACUGAUCAGGAGCAUAAGUGUCAUGAUACAACAACGGAUCCUACAAAAGCGAAACUUAUGGACGAUAUCAAGGAGUCCUCUAUUACUUCUUUAAUAAGCGAUGCUACGAAGGAUAUCGAAAAAGUAUUAGAAGUUGAUGAUAUCCACAUAUCAACCGAAGUAAGUGAUAAAACAGUUUCUGAUUCGAAAAAAGGAAUCGAAACUCAUACUGAUCCUACGUUAAAAAAUGAGAAGGAAUUAACUGACAAAGAGAGGAAAUUAUCUAAAGAUUUCGAUGACAAGAUAGUUGAAACAGCCAAAACAGACUUCAGUGGGAUAACUCAAGAAACUAAUAAAAUUGUUGGGGAUGUGAUUUCAGACGUAGAAAAAUCAGUGAAUGAAAAUGGUGAGCAACUGAAAAAAGAAGUUGAAAAUAUCGUUGUCGAGUCAGAAGAAGCCUUGAUAAAUAUCAAAGAUGGAAUUGAGAAUGAACUCGCCAAAUUGAUAAGUGAUUCCAAAGAAAAUAUUGACGAUCUUGGAAAAUCAGUUGAAAAGAAAGGGGAUAAAUUAAUAGAAACAAUAGAGGAAAAGAAGGAGGCAGGUAUAAAGGAAGCUCAAACAUCUAUCGAACAUUUAGUUCAUGAUGUGAAAUCGUCCGCAGGAGUAGUUUCAGAUAGUUUAUCAAAUUUAAUAGAAAAACCCGUUCAAUCAAUCGCUACAAAAGAAGAAACGCAUAAAGAUGAAAAAUCUGAAUUGGAACACGAGAAGGAUUCCCUCCUGAGUAGAUUAGAAACAAAAGCUGAAAAUAUGAUAUCUUCUUACACUGAUGAAAUAAAAGAUACUCUCAAAGAUGCUACAGGAAACACGGAAGAAGAUGCAAAGCUUUCAUUUGAGACUAUAAAACAUGAUAUAGAUGUUGAAGAUGUAAAAAAAGAAAUCGCGAAAGCUGCUGAAGAGAAAGACAAACUUACAAAUUCUCUCACGAGUGAUAUUUCUGAUAUAAUAAGGGAUGAAAUCAAAAGCUUAACUGGAGUCGAAAAAAGUUUAGAACAAGAGAUAUCAUCUACAACAUCCAACAUUGUCGAUUCCAUAAAAUCAGCAGUAGACGACACAAGUCACUCUCUAAAAGAAGACACUAAGACUACAUUGGAGGAGGUUGGAACAACACUAGCCACAAAGUCUGAUAUGUUAGUAGGGAAAAGUAAAGAUGAAAUUGAGAAAAAAAUUUCUGAACUGAAAGCCGAAGUAGAUGGGACCAAAACAGCAAUAAUAGGAAAAGCUGAAAGUGUGUCGAAAGAUAUCGCAGAUACAAAAGACAAGAUGGAGGAAGCAUUGAAGGAAACAAAGGAGAGUAUAUCGAAAGAUAUCACAUAUACCAAAGACAAAGUAGAAGAAGCUUUGAAUGAAACUAAAGAAAGUCUUGAAUCAAGUAUGAGUACCAUUAAACAGGACCUUGAGAAAGAGAAAGAAACUCUUGUUACGGCUGGAAAAGAAAUUGAGGCCGAAGUGAAACAUGCGGUAGGAGAUGUAUUCGAUGCUGGUAAAAAAUUAUUUGGAGGCUUAUUUGGAAGUAAAAAGGAAGAUAAGAAGACCAAAGAAGCAGAACCAAAACUUGAGAAGAAAGAAAGUGUGGAAAGUAGUAUACUGAAAGAUACCUCUAAAGUGUCUGAUUCGGAUAAAAGUAGUCCUCUAGAAGAAAUUUUCAAAAAGUGUGAGAUUGUAGAUAAGGGUAAAUGUGAUUUGAUGGGAACUCUAGGAUUAGGUAAAUCUGGUGAUAUUUCAGAGACUUGUGAUAUUAGCAAAGGUGAUGUACAGACCCAUUUAGGCUUAGGGGCUAGUCAAGAAAAGAAAUUAUCUAUAUCAGAUGUUGAAAUUUUCGUUGAUGAUAAAGGUAAAGAUUCCACUACAAAAUGCGAUUUGAAGACUGUAGACCAAAAACCAGACGAGAGUAAGAGUGAAGUAAAUGAGAAACCUCAUAUCAAACCUGAGGAUUCAGAUAUCAAUAGGCUUUCAUCACAAGAACAUGAAAUCGACAAACAUAUCACAGAUGUGCCUGUAAAAGCGGAGUCUUCGAAGGGAGACGUCCAAAAAGACACUUCUGCCGCCGAUGCUCAUCAUUACAUUGAAGAUGUCAAGUCUCAAAUCCACCACAAAAUUUCCGAACAAAUAGAUCCCAUGAUGAUGUCAUUUUAUGGUGCUCUUCCUGAUGAUGAUGACGUCUUAGAUGAUGGAGACGACACUUCCGGUAGAUCCGAGGUACCGCUCACGCACUUGCACGACCUCACCAAGGCGAAGUUCGAAGGCAAAAAAUUCUCCACAGACGCUGCUCCGGCUCAAGACCCCAUGACUGCCAGCUUCUACGGAGAAUUACCCGGAGGUAAAGACGACAAAGAUCCAAUAGGAGCGUGGGGGAAACCCCUAGGUCUACCAAGUCCCGCCCCUCCAAAUGAGAAGGGUACGCCGAAGAAGGAAAAGAAGCUGCCUUCGAACGUUAUGGCAAAGAACAGGAUAAACGACGAUAGAGCCAGGUCAGAGUCACCGUCGAAAAAUAAGAAGAAGAUCAAUCCUGUCUAUGUCGAUCUCACCUACGUACCCCACCACGGAAAUUCGAACUACGCCUAUGUUGACUUCUUCAAGAGGGUGAGGGCGAGGUAUUAUGUGUUCUCCGGCAUCGAACCCAGUCGAGAGGUCUACAACGCUCUACUUGAGGCAAAACAGACAUGGGAAGAUAAAGAUUUAGAAGUAACCAUCAUUCCAACAUACGACACCGACGUUUUGGGCUACUGGGUAGCUGAAAACGAGGAAUUAUUGACGAAAUACAAGAUUGACCUCUCACCGUCAGCCAGCAGAUGUACCAUAAAUCUACAAGACCACGAAACAUCAUGUUCAGCCUACCGCUUGGAAUUCUAAAGCACCGUCUCACCCAUCAGCAAAUCGAUUUCUAAAAUCUCCUUCUCAGAAUUGAACGCAACGAAAUCCAUGGUACGCUACUGGCAAAAAGUCACUGAAUCCAUUUCUGAAACGUCCAUUUUAAUAUCAUAAUUCAAAGCCAAGAUAUUCCAUAUAUCUUCCUUGUUUGUACCUCCUAAUGAAUUAUAAUUAACUUACUCUAAAGCAGUCUUCACACGCCUAGCAUAGACCCAAGUUAAAAGUUAGGUAGUUUUGAGAAUUUAAUCGUUGGUACCAUAGACUGGUUCUUUAAGGAAGAACAAGACAAAAUUAGAAUACUUUGAAUUUAUUGAAAAACUUAAAUGUUGUGAACUUCAGUGUUCUGGGACUAUGAUGUCGGUUCUUAAAUUUUGAAAAUUAGAAUAGAAUCAAUUCGAAAUUUAAACUUUAAGCUAAUAAGAUCAAUAGCUUAGGUUGCAAGAAAUAAUUAAAUAGAUAGCAUUAACAACAAUAGACAAUCUUCCUUGCAUCAUCCAUAAGAUUUACUGAAAUUUGAUUAGCAGAUCGGUUUGAAUUGAUUUUUUGUUCAUUAAUGCUUAUACUAUAUAAUUAUUUCUUUAGCUUUCAAUGUUACAUUUUUCUGUGUAAUAUAACAUUUAUGUGAUCGAUUUUUCUUGAAUUUCGUCAGCAUAUAUUUCUGAACAGUUUGGGAACUGAUCAAAUUGUUUCAACAAUUAUAUGGCCUAUCAAGUACUGAGUUAUCCGGCUAUUUGUUUCAAACUGGAAGAAUUACUAUUGUUUGUAGUUAUACUCUUUUUCUUUGAGUUGAACCAACGUGCAAAAAACUAAUUCUCAUACAUCCAAGUGCCACUUAUAGAAUAAAAAUAACGAACACACAAGAAAUAUAUCGGAUUAUUCUAGCAAAGGAAUUAGAGUGAAGAAUCGGAGUCGUAUAUAGAUAUAGUGGUUAGAACAAAAGUUGAAAAAACUGUUUCUUGCAUGAUGGAGUAUGGUUGAACUCAAUGAACCCAUGAAUUUUUGUGAUCGAGCUUUUGAAUGGUACACAAUACAAUAAAUUAAAUAUUGUUGACUAUAUAUGUAAGUUGGUGCUAUAAGAAGUUUGCCUUGAAAGGUUUUUCACAAUACGUGCGACACCUGGUUUGUAGAAAAUUUUCGAAUUGGUAAAUGGUGUUAGGUCAAUCUCCAGGCAUUUCGAUGAAAUGCUCUUAUUCGUCCUCCUUUCUUGUUAACAGAUGUAAAUCCUCAAGAUUCGAAAAUUGCAUUUAAUAAAAAAAAUAAAUAGGUGGAAAGGAGAAGAGAAUAAACUGUUGAUUGCCCAACAAGGUUUCGUAUCUGCAGAUGUAAUAGAACAAUUUAUUGUAGUUUUAUAUUCACUCACAAUAAAAUAACCGUAAUUAUUCCUAUUUAUUUAAUUCCUAAUUUAUAAUCGUAUUAUUUUUUUUAUUUAUAAGCGCACAGUAAUGAAUUGCUCUAUUCCUGUAGAUAUGAUAGAUGAUGAAGUGUAACUUUAUAUUUUGUUGGAAAAAAACGAGUGUCACUUGAAAUUUCUAUAUUAUUAAAUCGUAUAGCUUCUAGUCAAAGUCCUAUCCUAUAGCUUAAAAAUGUUAGGAGUAAAAUAUAUUCAAUUGCAUUAAUGUAUGGGACAUGUAUGAGAAUAAAGAAUAUGUAAUA